AUGGAAAAACAAAUGGCAGAACUCAGUUUACAAAAACUACCCUUACCACCCCCACCACCCAGACCCAACUUGGGAACUAAGGGUACAAAAGUAGUACUUCGGGCUAAUUAUAUUAAUGUUACAAAGUUGGUUCGAUAUAAUUUUGAAAGUCUUUCACCUCGUGGUAGGAAACCGAGUAAAACGGUCCGAGGAAAGAUUUUUAUGGAAAUGAUAAAGCAAAAAUUAUUUGGCAAUUGUUUGCCGGUUUAUGAUGGAAAUGACUUGAUAUAUUGUUCAACUACAUUACCAAUGGGAAACGGCAAAGAGGAUAGUGUUUUAGAAGUCGUUCUUCCACCUAGUGAAGAUAAUAAUAACAGACCUACAAAAUUCGAAGUAAAAAUUAAAAGUGCCAAAGAGAUUAAUUUACGAUCCUUACAGGACUAUAUUGGUUCGGGGAAAGAACCAGAUGUUUCGGAUGAUGAUAUUCAAACUUGUAUGAAUGCGCUUAAUACUUACUUAAAUUUCAAAGUCCGCAGUGUUUAUUUAUCGGUUGGAAGAGGAAUAUAUCCUCCUGUGACGGAUGUACAAAGGAUUCUUUUGGGUACUGGUGAGGAAUUAAAAAAAGGAUUCUGUCAAUCUUUGAGGAUAGGCUGGGAUCGUCUCCUUGUGAAUGUCGACACGAGUUUUGGCAUUUUUUAUCCGCCUGGAAAUGUCAUGGACGUUAUUGCAGGCUUCUUAUGGUGUGACAAAAAUGAUUUGAGGAACGGGAUCAAAGAGCAGCAUAGGGAUCAUUUAAAUAAGAUAUUGAAAGGAGUUAAAAUUUACGUCUUGCAUCGUGGUGAUAAGAAAAGAAAAUAUACUAUUAAUGGCUUAACGACUACUUCAGCAGACAGAACUACAUUUAAGAUUGAUGAUAAAGAUAUUUCAGUUACUAAAUACUUCCUAGACACAUAUAAAAAAAGGCUUGAAUUUGGAAAACUUCCUUGUAUUGUUGAUGCAAAAAAUUGUUAUCUUCCUUUAGAGGUCUGCGAGAUAAUACCAGAUCAACCCUUCAAGUUUACUCUUUCUGAUGACGCUCGCGCUGAAAUGAUCAAAUUUACUUGUAUCAAACCGGCCGAGCGGUUUAAAACUAUUAAUAGUUCAUUUAACAACUUCUUUCGCUAUGAUAGCGACGAGUUUUUGAAAUCCAUUAAUAUGAAUAUUGAUAAGAUAUUAACGGGUCUUUUCUUAGGACGUGUUCUUCCUAGUGUGUCAAUGACUUUUCAUAAAAGUAGUAGUCCCGCAGUUCAAUUUAUAGAAGGGGGGCGUUGGAAUCUCGUGAAACGAAAAGUUCUUGAUGGCCAGACAUUAUUUAAUUGGUCAGUGUUAGUGUUGUCCGGAGAUAAUACGAACGUUGUUGGAGCAUUUAUGCGACAAUUACGCGAAGUUUUAAACGAGAAGGGGAUGAAUAUUGCGAAUGAUCCACAAAUUGUACCCUGGGGUCAUCAGAGAAAUAUUAAAGAGGGAUUAAUUCAGGCUAUUAAAGUUAGAAAGGAUCAACAAAAAGGACCUCAAUUGAUUAUAGUCAUAAUGAAAGAACGGUCUCAAUUAUAUGGUGAAAUAAAACGCGCUGGAGAAAAUGAUUUGGGUGUGCGUACUCAAUGCAUGUUGGCAAAGCAUCUGAGAAAGCGUUCGAACGAGCAAUUUUGUGUAAAUCUCGGCUUAAAAAUAAACGCCAAACUUGGAGGUAGAAACUUUACCCUAACGCCUGGACAGAUGAACUUUAUUUCUUCGGCACCGACAAUGGUAUUCGGCGCGGAUGUUUUCCAUUCAGGUAAAGGAGAAUUUCAUAUACCUAGCAUCGCUGCCGUUUGUGCCUCCAUGGAUGCCAAUGCCACAAUUUAUAGUGGUCGACAUAGUAUGCAAAAUGAACCACGUAAUGAGACUAUUGAGAAUAUGGAAGGAAUGGUUGUUGAUCUAUUAAAAGCUUUCCAAGCCAAAAAUAAAUGUCUCCCGAAGAGAAUUUUAUUUUAUCGUGAUGGAGUUAGCGAGGGGCAAUUUAAAAAAGUCAUAGAAUUAGAAGUGGAAGGAGCGUUGAAACGAGCCUUUAAAAGAGGAUAUGGCAAUAACCCACCAAAAUUGACUUUUAUUAUCGUACAAAAAAGACAUCACACAAAGAUUCAACCAGAAUCGCCACGUGAUGGAGAUCGUAACGGUAAUUGCAAACCAGGGACUGUUGUUGAUACGGGGAUUGUUGCAAGACAUGAAUUUGACUUUUUCCUACAAUCUCAUGCCACCAUUCAAGGGACUGGUCGUUCAGCUCAUUAUCGUGUGUUAAGAGACGACAACGGGUUUGGUGCUGAUGAUUUGCAAUUGUUAACGAAUAACCUAUGUUAUUUAAAUGCAAGAUGCACAUCGGCCAUAUCAAUAGUAACACCCGCAUUCUAUGCACAUUUAAUUGCAAAUCGCGCGAGACAAUAUCUUACUUGGGAUGGUCAAGCAUCAAGAUCAUCAAUUGAAGAAAAACCUAGUUGUCCACCGGUGAAAAAGGAUAUAGAAAAUAUUAUGUAUUUCAUUUAA